CGUGCGCGCUCCCGGCCCCCCCCGCCUUCCCCUCUCUCUGUGUCCCUCUCUCUCCCUCUCUCCGCCGCGCUCGGCCGGCUCUGCCCCCCCUUUGUGCGCGCUCCGAGCCGCCCCCGCAUCGCCGACUCGCCAUGGCCGACGAGAAGCCCAAGGAAGGAGUGAAGACUGAAAACAAUGACCACAUUAAUCUGAAGGUGGCAGGGCAAGAUGGGUCUGUGGUGCAGUUUAAGAUUAAGAGGCACACACCACUUAGUAAACUAAUGAAAGCCUAUUGUGAACGACAGGGGUUGUCAAUGAGGCAAAUCAGAUUCCGGUUUGAUGGGCAGCCAAUUAAUGAAACAGACACACCUGCACAGUUGGAAAUGGAGGAUGAAGAUACAAUUGAUGUGUUCCAGCAGCAAACAGGAGGAGUUUACUAAAACAAACACACAAAAAAGAACCUGCUACUUUCCUCUCCAGAACUGUGCUCCCACAGGCAACACUUCACAAUUAGAAAAAUGAGACUUGGUUCAGCCACAUCCUGACUACUGCAGUAUAGUUUUCUCUCUUCUCUCUGAUUUUUUUUUUCUUAUUCCUUUUAUUGUACAUAAAGUAACUGGUGAUGUGCACAGGCAUAAUGCAUAUUUUUUUUUUAACUAAAUGGCCAAUGGUAUGUUUUGAUCAACAUUUAAUGGAGAUGGGGUGGGAAAACAAACUGGUUCUGUGAAAAUGCCCCUCUCUCCGUUAGUGGCAUGCUCCUUCUACUUUUACAGAAUCACAGAAUAAGCCGAGUUAUCUUUAUAUUCCAGUAAGUUAUUUUGCUCUCACUGUUCAAAAACAAAAACCUUGCAUACCUUGUUUGAUUGGAUAAUUUCAAUGUUUUUCUUUUAUCAUUGUAAAACCAAGGGCAAUUUUAUAACUUUUUUGUACGUAGCUGUUACAUGUAGAGCAAUCUCUGUCUAAGUAGGGGUAAAUUACUCUUUAAAAAAAAAAGAAAAAAAAAAAAGUCCUAGAUAGUUUUCCCUUCAAGUAAAACGUCUUGUUGUUUAAAUAAACUUCUUGUUUAAAAUAA